UGGGAGUGAAUCCACUAGUAGUGGACGACCUACCGACGAUGAAACGGCACAAGUUGCUCGUUUAGAUUUACUCAUUUUAACCAGCAUUUUCUUAUUUUAGACGCUUUUUUAAAUAUAGAAAUAAAAUCGGACUGUGGCAUACAAUUCUCGUGUGGUAGAAGGACCUCAUUGUGACAUAUGAAUGAAUGAGCGGAUGGAUAGAGGGGAUCACGUAGGCAAGCUCCGAAAACGUCGCACUUGAGACGCCGAAAAACAUAUUGGCAAAGGUGUGUCGGCGUGCAUCCCGGAGAUCAUGGCGGCCGGUGGGACGCACUCCCCGGGAGGGCCCAACGGGAUCAUUCGGAGUCAGUCCUUCGCCGGCUUCAGCACGCUGCAGGAGCGACGCUCGCGGUGUAACUCCUUCAUGGCCAACUCGGUGGCACAGAAGAAGCCGGCGUCCAAGCCCAAGAGGCCUCACCUGUCCGGUCACAAGGGCGGCAGCGGCGGCUCCAGAGAGCCUCAACCGCAAAGACUGGAGGACGUCUACACCGCACUCAAACGAGGCCUGGACGAGUAUCUGGAGGUACACCAGGCUGAGUUGGACAAACUGACAUUGCUCAUGAAGGACAUGAAGAGGAACUCGCGUCUGGGCGUUCUCUACGAUCUGGACAAGCAAAUCAAAGCCAUCGAGAGGUACAUGAGACGGCUGGAGUUUCACAUCAGCAAGGUGGACGAGUUGUACGAGGCCUUCUGCAUCCAGAGUCGCCUGCGGGACGGAGCCAGCCGCAUGAAGCAGGCCUUCACCUGCUCGCCCUCCACCAAGGCCACCAAGGAAAGCAUCGCGGAGGUCAACCGGCGCUACAAAGAAUACACCGAGAAAAUGAGCGCCUUUGAGAGCGAUCUGGAGAACCUGCUCGGGGAAUUUCACAUCAAGAUGAAAGGUUUGGCAGGCUUUGCUCGUCUCUGUCCGGGAGACCAGUAUGAGAUCUUCAUGCGCUACGGCCGUCAGCGGUGGAAGCUGAAGGGCCGGAUCGAGGCGAACUCCCGCCAGAGUUGGGAUGGCGACGGGAUGGUCUUCAUGCCGCUCAUCAGCGACUUUAUCAAUAUCAAGGUGACGGAGCUGAAGGGGCUGGCCACCCACCUGCUGGUGGGGAGCAUCAUCUGCGAGACCAAGGAGCUGUUCACCGCCAUGCCGCAGGUGGUGGCCGUGGACGUCAACGACCUGGCCACCAUCAAGCUCAACUUGGAGGUCACCUGGUUCCCCUUCGACGCGGAGGACCUGACGCUGUCGUCGGGCAACGUGAGCAAGGCGGCAGCGCUGCAACGGCGAGUGUCCGUCUACAGCCAGGGCACCCCCGAGACGCCCACCUUCCAGGACGCGUCCUUCUUCACGCGGCGCCGCCCCCCUGCCGAGCGCCAACGCCCGUCCUUUCUGCACGCGCUCGGGGGCGCCCUCCUGGAAGCCAUCCGCCGCGCCCGCUCCUUCGGCGAACUGUCGGCGCCCAGGCCCAAGGCCAGCCUGGAGGUCUACUCAACACUCCCAGACGACGUGUUUGAAAAUGGCAGCGUGUCGGAAUGCAAGCGUCUGUCAUUCGCCUUCUCGGACAUCUCCAGCCCAAGCCCGGCGCCCAGCUCGCACUCGCCGGCGCCGUCCAACCCAGAUAUCACCAUCACGCCGCCGGACACGGAUGCGUCCGCCUCGCCCUGCAGGCUGCGGGAGGGCUCCAUCGCCGAGGAGGAGGAGGACGAGGAAGGCGGCGGUGGCGGCGGCGAGACGGAUAGCGGGACGAGCGGCAGCCUGGAGGACUCGGAAUGGGAACGCACCGAGUCCCAACGAAACGGGCGCACGCCCGCCGUCUCGCCCGAGGACGUCUUCCUGGACCACGCCGAGCACCUCAAGCCUGUCCAGUUGGAACAAGGUCACGACGACGAUGACAACGGCGGCAACCUGACGCGGCAGCUGGUCAAGCAGCUGACGUCGUCAUCAGAGGCGGAUGAUGAGGGCGGCGGCAACGUGGAGGUGGGCCACGGGCUGCUGGUGGAGGGCGGCCUGGAGGACGCCGUCCACGGCCUGCUGCUGACGCUGGAGACGCUGACGCACCGAUGCCGAGAGCUGCAGGACCUGGAGCAGGAAGUCAUGCGGCUGGAGGACCUCUUGAAGUGCCGCCUGCCGGGCCACAGGAGCCGCUCGUCCAGCCUCAGCCUGACGGUGGAAAGCGCGCUGGAGAGUUUCGACUUCCUGAACACGUCCGAUUUUGACGAUGACGACACUGGCGACGACGCCACCGUCGCUGCCGCCGCCGUCGUUCUGGCCACGCCGCCUAAACCGCACAGGUCGCCGCCGUUCGACAGCGAUGCUGACAGAAUCGGAGGACAGCAGGCGGAGGCGCGAGGGCACCUGAGCGAGGCGUUGACGGAGGACACGGGGGUAGGCAACAGCGUGGCCGGCAGCCCCCUGCCUCUCACCACCGCCAACGACAGCCUGGACGCCGCCCUCGCCGUGCACCUGCGCUACUGCCGUCGACUCGUCCAGGUUUUGAGCAGCGGCGUGAGCGUGUGGCGCCGUCGUGGCCUCCUCCUCAAGUUGGCUUCUCAGACAGCGCUGGUGGAGGGGCUGGCUGAGGUCAUCGUGGACCACCCGGGCCCGCUGACAUCUCCCACCCAGGCGGCACCUGGCCUGGCGGAGCCCGACGGGCUGAUGGCGCUGUGGGCCGAGUGCAGCGGCUCUGCGGGACUCUUCCACACCGCGCUCGAGCGGGUGGCCAGUCACAUGACGAGGCGCUACCAGGGAACGCUGAGGGAGAAAUACCCGAAGAGUUGGCAAGCAGUGAUCCCUUUGGUGGUGCGCGAGAUGGUGGACGCAAACGACUUUCCCGAGUGCAACGGCCUGAGGCAGGACGUCGUCACCGUUUUUCAGUUCCACGCGUACGUGGCGCAACGUCAAGUCCACGACAUGGAGACCCAUCUGCUGCACUUGGCCGCCGAGGAGUCAUUUGCAGAGAGGUUGCGCAGCGGAGACUGCUCAGCUCUGGAGGAAGUGCCAGCGUGGGGCCUGUGGCCUCACAGCGCCACCCUGAGGACACUGGCCUCACUGCUCCUCGCCGCCGACGCAACCGUCAACAAGGCGGCCGCCGAUUACCUCGCCGCCGCCGCGCCGCACACCCAUUUUAGGAACAAGGCGGUGGAGUGUUACACCGAGUCGCUGUCGGAGGCGGGCGUCCACAGCCAGAGGGCGGCGUGUACGGCGCUCAAUUGCCUGCAGGCAGUGGAGAGCAUCCGAGCUGUGGUGGCGCUGUGCGACUCAGCCGACGAGGAGCUGCGACACGUUGCCAUCAAAACGCUGCUCAUGUUCGGUGAGGAGGGUCGUCUGGCCUACGAGCAACUGGACACAGUGCCGGGGGAAAUGAUUCGCUCGGGCACUUGGCGGGGAAGCGCCGUCACCACCGCCUUCUAAGACAGCAGGACGGGGGAGUAGGGGGGGGGGGGAUAAUUAACAUCUCGUGAACCGAAUCUCUGCACACCACAAGAUGCGCACACAACCACAAGAAUAUUUUUGGGUUCAACUGGAAAAGCACAAUCGUUCACUGGACACGGCACUCGCGACUUGCUCACGUCUUCACUGGUCACUGUAAAAGCUCAACUGUUUUUUUUUUUCUCGAUACCACACUUUUGCACUUGUAAACGCGCGGCCAGUCGGUAUAUUUAAGUUUGUAAAGUGUUACGUGCGGACUUGCAAUGCGUUCGGGUUUUUUUUUAUGUGCAGGAAAAUGCAAGGCGCCGCGUGGCGGGUGAGUUGAUUUGGUCCUCUUCAAUAUGUGUCGUUUUCCAAGUGCAAUUCUAUAUGGAAAUGUGAUUUUUAUUUAUUCUUCGCAUUAAUAUUUUCUCCCGCUGCGUUACGUGCGGAGGACUUGGUGUGUAUGGAUUGUACGUUUGUUCUGUACUUAAUCCGGUGCUUUACUUUUUAAAAAUAUUAAAGAAUAUGGCCUCUAUUGAUUUAAUUUGAGUAUUUUUUUAAAAUAUUAGAUGAUUAUUGUGGCGAUGGCGCUCUAUAUUCCUGAACAAAUAACAAAGCUAUUCACUUAAUGACUGCAGAGAUUUAUUCUGACCAUAACAAAUUUUUGUUUUUGAAAUGAGAAUGUAUGUUCAACUUGGACUUCCAUUUUGGCCCGACGAGGAAAGCACAAUCAAAACAAAACUCCUGCUUGAAAAGCCAUAAUGCUCCCUGGAAACAAGUGCUCCUAUUUUAAAAAAAAAAGUAUUUUGUAUAAUGUCAUUUGUAAAUGUGUGAACUUUCGAGAUAAUUUUGUUCCCCUGUGCUUUGUUUCAAUUUGAUAUGCGCAAAAUAAGCAUGACAGUAUUUUCUCGCUCUUCACCUGUUUUUUUGGGGGUGGGGGGAGUGACAAUUGCAGGCGAGGAUGCGCGUCUGGAGAUGGCAUCAUUUCUGUCGUCUGUGUGACUGCACUGUCGGUGGCACUGGUUGCUUUGCUCUUUACAAGUUGCAAUAAAGUUUAUUUUUGCAUACUCGCA